ACAUAGCAACUCUGUGGCGGAGGCUGAAGCAUACCCCGAAUUUUGUCAGGAAAGGGACAAGAAGAUGGAGGUGGAGGCUAGUGUCCCAAGCCUCGUGGCGGGUGAGGCAGGAUGGCUGCACACCGCACUGGCCGCCCUCCUGCCCUACAUCAUCUGGGUGCCGUACCAGGUAUAUUUGUCUCUCAACGACGGUGGCUGGAAGACGCUGGUCAAGCAAAUAACUUUCGGCUCAACGUCCGUGACCAGCGGCCAUGCCGGCGCUAAGCCGGCGCUGGAGGCGCGUUGUCAGCGGCAGCCUGAUGCGCCUACGCGGCCUGACGCCGGCGUGACGUGGCAGCGCAUCAGUCACUGCAUGGAGCGAUACACGGUCCAAUCAAGCAAGUCGGAAGGCUCAGACCGCCUUGUGCUGAUGUACGCAUGGCUGACGUCCAAACGUCACCACGUGCACAAAUACGCUUCGCUCUUCACCGACCUCGGCAUGGACGUCGUAACUGUUAAGAUAACGGGCAUGGACCUCAUGCAGCCAACGACGGGUUCCCAGGCGGUGGCCAAGGAGGUGGUCGAGUUCUUGGCAGGUCAGCCCCAGUACAGCAGAAUCCUCGUGUUCGGCUUCAGCGUCGGGGCCUACGCCUUCAGCGAGGCCGUUAAGAUGAUGCACGAGCGUGGGGAGUACGCUGGGGUGAAGGAGCGCCUAGUGGGACACGUGUGGGACUCCCCCGUUGACCUCCCCAACAUGCCCAUCGGCGUCGCCACGAGCGUCACCGCCAACGAGAAGAUCAGGCGCUACGUCACCAGCUGCGUCGACUGGUUCCUGAGGACCCGACACGACGUGGCUACGCGCCACUACAUCGCCGCUGCUAAUUAUUUCUACCGCGGGCCCGUGGCUGGCCCGAGUCUGUACAUGUGCUCGAGCUGCGACCCGCUCAGCCCCGUGCCUGUCAACGACAGGAUAACCGGCAGGUGGCAACAGCUGGGACAUGACGUGACAACAAAAGUGUUCGAAGACACCGCCCACUGCGCCAACUACACCAAGUAUCCCAAGGAGUAUCGCAAUUUGGUGCUCCAGUUCGUCGACAAGAUCGGCAUGCUCCACUGAGAGACUCCGUUAAUUAAAGGUUGAGUUUUGUCAUUGAGGAUCGAAAAUUAAACGAAAUCAAGGAGUUGCCGAUGAAUGGCUUCAGUUAAGCGAACCAGUAAAUUAGAUUAGCACGGAUGGAAGCGGUAACAUGCCUAACAAAAUUUAGAGUCGCCCAGGCUUCUGGUACUCUAAAUCAGAAGCUGCCGCGUCUGUAAAUUUUCACUGGACAGAUCUUGGUAGGUUGGGAAUAAUGGGAUUUACAAAGGAACUGAAAGAAUUAUGUGUUAGCACUGUUCAAUGGUGCAUAUAAAAUCUCUGCACCGUCUACUUACUAUUUAUAGAAAAUAUGUAGAAAUUUACACCAGCUAGGUGUAGAAACUUGCAACCACACAACGAAUAACGCAUUUUGAAUUCCACAUCCAUGAUCGACAAGAUUACGUGCUGCUAUUGGCUGAUUUAAGCUCACAUGUCACACAUUAUCAACCAUGACAGCCUCUUCCCACUUUCAACACCGCAAGUUGCGACCACCGUAAUAUGUAUAUGUAAGGGUAUCAGAACGUUAGUCCCUGAAUAUUGCGAUCAAUAUUGUGAAUCACAUACAUUAUGGAAGUGAUGCAAUAAUAGAAAACCAAUAAAACAAAUAUAUAUAUAUAUACAAAUCAUGAAUGUCUACGCAUUAAAUAUUAUUUUGUGUUUUGUUUCUCCAGCGAAAUGCUAUUCUCGUAAAUGGGCUUUGUCGGGUCCGGUGUCAUCGUUUAUUAUAUGCAUGCAUUUAUAAUCACGAAUAUCCUUAGUCUAUAUACUUACUCGUAGAAUAUCUGCCGUAUGGUGAAUGCCUGAUGAGUAAUGUAAAUAUUGAAUCUUAGUUUGGGCAAAAUGGACGGAAAAUGGCAAAUAUUGUAUACUUAUACUGCUGGCAAGUUAAUGCCGACAUAAGAUCUUUUUCAUUCGUAUUACGCAAAAAUUGAAUCUGGUGGGCAUUCACUAAAAAUAUCUAAAAGACGCUAAUUUUUUUUAUAAAAUCAUGUAAUCACAGUGUAUCCACACGUCAGAGCAUGCAGGCAUGCAACUGGAUACCUACAUAAGCGGUCAAACUAGCGAAACGUGUUACCUAUACGCGCUGCCAUUAAGCGGUCAAGCUGGAGAGACGUGCUACCUAUACGCGCUGCUAUUAAGGGGUUAAGCUAGAGAGGCGUGCUACAUAUACGCGCUACCAUUAAGUGGUCAAGCUAGAGAGACGUGCUACCUAUACGCGCUACCAUUAAUUAAGUGGUCAAGAUAGAGAGACGUGCUAUAUAUACGCGCUACCAUUAAUUAAGCAGUCAAGCUAGAGAGACGUGCUACAUAUACGCGCUGCCAUUAAUUAAGUGGUCAAGCUAGAGAGACGUGCUAUAUAUACGCGCUGCCAUAAUGCGGUCAAGCUAGAGAGACGUGCUACCUAUACGCGCUACCAUUAAGCGGUCAAGCUGGAGAGACGUGCUACCUAUACACUCUGCUAUUAAGCGGUCAAGCUAGGGAGACGCGCUACCUAGACACUCUGCUAUUAAGCGGUCAAGCUAGAGAGACGUGCUACCUAUACACUCUGCUAUUAAGCGGUCAAGCUAGGGAGACGCGCUACCUAGACACUCUGCUAUUAAGCGGUCAAGCUAGGGAGACGCGCUACCUAUACACUCUGCUAUUAAGCUGUCAAGCUGGAGAGACGUGCUACAUAUACGCGCUACCAUUGAGCUGUCAAGCUGGAGAGACGUGCUACCUAUACGCGUUACCAUUAAGCAGUCAAGCUGGAGAGACGUGCGUGGUGCAGCGCAAUCGGUCACAAUAUGUGCAAGAGUGUGUGCGUCAACAGUGCAUGGAUGUCAGUGUUUGAGUGUCGGUGUUUUGCGAUAGAUGGUUUUUGUUUAGAAACAAGGUACGAAGCGUGCAAAACCUCUAAAGCAAUAAGCGAAGACAUUAUUAAGUUGAGUUAAUUUCUGCGCAUGAAGCCUGAUAAUUUAUUAAAGAAUUCUGUUUACUAUAUUUUACCAACAUCAUAAUAUGCCAUUAUUCGUAUGCCAAACAGUAGAGGCGUAGACUAUAUACGUCCGGCAUAUUUUACAGCUUUUUCAUAAACUUCUAGGCAUUAUUACAAUGUCUAACAGUGUCUGCCGCUAAAAACGAUUUAUAGACUGGUCAACGGGGUGGCUCGAACAUGAUUAUUAAAGUUGUAGUGGCAGUGCAUAUAGAUGGUACCAUUACAGGUUGAAGUAUUCAUACGUACUCUAGAACGAUGAUGGUAUCAUUCCACGGUGAUUUUUCCUAUUCGUACUCGAGGACAAUUAAGGUACAAUUUCUGAGUUAUGUUUUCCUACGCACUCUAGAAUAUUCCUAUAUCGUACCAUUCCAUGUGUUGUUUACGCCCUCACUCAUGUACCCGGUGGCACGUAAACCAGUGUAACCAGUCAUAUAUAGUGAAGAAAGGUACUCGCAUUACUCAUGAAUCAAGCAACUCUGCUCCUAUUCUCCAGUGCUCGUCUCCUCCAAGAACCGGUCCCAGUAUGUUAAAGAAUUUCUAGGAAUCAUAUGUGCAAUUUUCUUUAGAUUUAAAAUUGGUAAUACGUGCUCUGAGAAUAAAUAAUCGCCGAACAGAAACUAGUGUUGCGGGUGCCGCGGAUGAGGGAGGUGAUGCGAUGCUCGGUGAUGUAUUAUAUUUUUUUCUGAGCGCAACCACUUAUCUAUUUUUAUGUUAUGUACGUUAAAUAUUUGAGUUAUUCAUACGAUAUAUUAGUUAAUAACACGAAAACCUAAAAUUAUUUCGAUGGAGGUGACAUAAUUUGGGUUUAUGUAAGCAUUCCUUGCAGUGCAAAAUUCCAGAGCGCUGUGAAAUUCGAGCGCGGUGCAAACUUUAAGGCGGUGAAAAUUCAUUGCGAUGCGAAAUGCAAGAGUGGUGCAAAAUGAGUGGGGUGCAAAAUGAGUGUGGUGCAAAAUGAGUGUGGUGCAAAAUGUAUGUGGCGUGCAAAAUGUAAGUGUGGUGCAAAAUGAGUGAGGGGUAAAAUGCAAGUGGCGUGCAAAAUGAGUGUUGUGCAAAAUGCAAGUGUGGUGCAAAUGCAAGUGAGGUGCAAAA